AUGGCCUUUCUCCGUGAGCUUGCUCGCCGCUUGCAGGAUACAUCCGACCAGCUUCGUGAGCUGGAACACCCCGAGGAUUGUCAGCACGAGGGCGAGUUGGACGCCCGCAGUAUCCUCAAUCAGAUCCAGCCCGGACCUGAGGAUGAGGUGGCCUAUGCGGCCUACACAGCAGGCGAUGAGGACGAGCAGUUAGGAUUUUGUGGCCCGAGUAUGGGCUGGGAGGAGUUGCUCUCCCUGCGCACCCCCUUUCGCCUCAUUCGCCGCUUUGUCAUCAUUCAAUCCUCAGGAAAGAAAAGAUGUAUCGAUGACGCACACUUGGGAUUUCCAAGCGACUUCAGUUCUGAUGGAAACAAGUUGCAAUUCUGCGUGAUUCAGCCCUGCCUCCAUAUCCAAGCUCUCGCAAGGGCCUUCGCCUUACGAGGAGUCGACCUCGAGUCCUGGCUAGACAGCAUCUCCACGUUUGGAGAGGACUUGCCUCACGCGUAUCGGAAGAUUCCGAUGCGACCCGACCACAGCUGGGCGUGCGUAGUUGCGUACUAUGACCCACCCGCCAAUG